CAUGGCCUUGAAACCAGAGGACCACUGUGGCGGCUUUCGGCAUAGCGCCGUGGUGGCCUACAUCAACGAGAAGAUGGCCAUGCAAGCGAAGGGUUCGGAGUUCUAUCUUGACAACAUAGCCCUGUCCUGGGAGGAGGCGGAAGACAAACUCAUGGCCAUCUUGGAGGACAGCGAGGCAUCUAGUGAGGCCAAAGAGGCCUGCGCUUGGGGCUGCCUGGCCUUGGGAGUGCGUUUCUCCCGCAGGCAGAAUCAGUUACAGGAGUGCAGGGUGAAGUGGCUGCACGAUUUAGCCGAAAUGCACAAGUCAGCUGCACAGUCUUUAGCUUCAGACCUGAAGGAGAUCAGUGACCAGCAGGAGAUUGAGCGCAGAGAAACAGCCUUCAGACUGCGACUGGCCCAGGACAACCUGGUAGAGGUACAGAAAGAGUGGCAUCUCCUGAGGUGGAAGCUGCUCCAGGCGCCUGCAGGUGGAAGGAUGGUGAGGAAUCAACCCAUGGACUAUACUGAGAAACAACAGGAAGAGAACCAGUCAGUGCCCCUGGAGGGUGGGUCUAAAGAAUGAAGCUGUGGCCUGAAACAUCAAUGCAGCAGCUGGAUAUGACCCUGGACAGCUAACAGGACUGGGUACCAGAUCUCCAGUUUAAUCUUGUCAGAAAACUGCUUGGAUUUAUAUGCAUUUAUACUCUCCCAGGGCAAACUUCUCAAUAUCAGAAGUCUUAAAACUU